AUGCCCCCAAGUGACGAUAAAGCCAAAUACUGCUACGAAGACCCUGAUACCUGGUCAUAUCUUGCCGACAGAAAGCUGAAAAACGCUGACUUGCUAAUCAAGAUUCCUCGACGAUCCUCCAUAAAGCAAAAUGGGGCCCCACGAAGGGUGAGCAUCUCUCGAGGGGUUGAAAUUCAGAUCAACCUCCCCGGCAAAGGUGAUCCCAUCACGCGUCGAAGGUCCAUCGAAUUUAGCGAAACGAACUCUAUUGAAGAGUACAAGUCCUGCGAGGAUCCCUUUGACAACAUCUGGUUCAACAAGGACGAAUACGAUGAUAUUCGCUCGAGCAACAGGAAGAUUGUCAAGUGCGUGGAACGGGGCACUGACAAGAAUUUUUGUGUCCGAGGCUUGGAGUCCAUGAUGGACGAUGUCCAACAAGUGCGCCGUCGCAACUCGAUUGACGCCGUUUUGACCGAGCAGGAGGCUCAACGCGAUUCUGGAGUCUAUGAUGAGGAAAAGCUUUCCGAAAGUUACCGACGCACAUCGAUGGCAAGCCAAGCACAAGCAGCUGGCCGAGCAGAGACGGACACUGCUGACAUUCAAUUGUACUUGCAGAGUGCUCUGAUGCUGUUGCGACGGAUGUCAGUAUAA